CUCGACCACAUAAUCAUCCUCAUCCCCUACACCACCCUCCUCGACCCUCCCGCCUGGAUAACAGACAACUUCACCCUCAGCCCCGGAGGCCGACACGCAGACAACAAAACCGAAAACAAGCUCAUCUGUUUCCAAGACGGCAGCUACAUCGAACUAAUCUCAUUCGUCAACGACGACCCGAAGAACCGAGAGGGCCACUGGUGGGGUUCAAAAAGUUUCGGCAUCAUCGAUUUUGCGUUCACGGACAGUAGUGGUGAUGCAGAGAUUCAAUAUUCCGAGCUUGCGAAGCGGUUACAGGAAUUGAAUGCUAAAGAAGGGCAGAGUAAAUUCGAGUAUGCGGAGCCCGUUGCGGGAGGAAGAAAGAGGCCCGAUGGCGUGGAUGUGAAGUGGAAAGUCACGUUUCCGGUACUGAAUGACGGGCGGCAGCGAGGAGAGUUUCCGUUUUUCUGUCAUGAUGUUACGGCUCGGAAGCUGCGGGUGCCGCUGGAAGAGAAGAAUGUUUCUCAUCCGAGUGGAGCCGUGGGAAUUAAGGAAAUG